AUGACAGCGGACAAGCCUACGGACUUCGAUGAUGUGUUGAAGAAUUUUAACGUGUUUGGACGUUAUCAUUUAGUGUUUCUAUUCUUUACAUUUUUUGCGUUCGCCGCCAACAGCGUUUUUUGCAACAACUAUGUGUUUGCCGCUCAGGAAAUUGGAUACAGAUGCAGUGACGAGACCUUUGGCAAGGACGCAUGCUACAGUAUCGGGAACGAUAAUCGUACUAUACGGUGUACCGAGUGGGUGUACGAUAACCCUAAUAGCUUUGUCGCGGAGUUUCAGCUCGCUUGUCAAGAAUGGAAGCGAACUUUAGUUGGGACAGUGCACAGUUUUGGAUACAUGGUGGGACUACUUGUGGUCGGGCCCAUGUCAGACAGACUAGGUCGCAAGUUGACGUUGGUCAUCACGGGUGUGCUGGGUGGCCUACUGGGCCUCGCCCGCAGCUUCACCACGUGGUACUGGCUCUAUAUCGUUUUGGAGUUUCUCGAGGCCGCUGUUGGAGAUAACUGUUCACCCAUGUUCAUACUUACUAUUGAAGUCGUAUCUACAAAGAAAAGAGCAUUAUUCUAUGUUUUGUGUGGUUUUGGAUACACAUUUGGCGGUAUCAUGCUACCGACGGCUGCUUGGAUCUUCCCAUAUUGGAGAACGUUUCUUAGAGUUAUUUAUACCCCAGCGUUAUUUUUUUUCCUAUAUUUAUAUGCUAUAGACGAAAGCCCAAGAUGGCUACUGACAAAAGGAAAAAAAGAAAAAGCCAUAACUAUUAUAGAAAAAGCAGCUGCUAAGAACAAAAUUGAAAUAGACAGAGCAGUCUUGGAGAAACUCCAAUAUGAAGAAGAGAAAAGUAUACGAUUCUUGGAGCUAUUAAAGAUGACAUUUUCAUCAAAAACACUAACGACGCGAUGCUUGAUAUGCAUUAUUUGGUGGACUACAUCAACCUUUGUAAACUUUGGCUUGACCAUCAAUUCGGUUUCGUUGCAAGGGAAUAUGUAUCUAAACUAUAUGCUUAUGUCUUUGGUGGAUAUACCUGGAAAUAUCAUUAUAAUUUACAUAUUGAACAACUUCAAGAGGAAAAUGCCACUGAUAACGUCUUUCAUUGUCGGCGCAGUAUUGUGUUUCUCCCAGCCGUUUAUACCCUCUUAUCUGCCAUGGCUAUCAAUAUCGUUCUACAUGGCGGGCAAACUGAUGUCCUCCUUCUACUUCAGCAUCACAUAUAUGUUUACAUCUGAGCUGUUUCCAACGUACACUAGAAACUCCAUGCAUGCAUUAUGUUCCUCUAUUGGUAGGAUUGGAUCUAUGGUGGCGCCUCAGACACCGUUACUGAUGCAUUACUGGCCUGGGCUACCACCGUUAGUAUUUGGCGGAGUAUCGCUGGUAGCAGGUCUGGUUACUUUCCUGGUACCAGAUACAGCUGAUAACUCUUUACCUAAUACUGUCAAGCAAGCUGAAGCUCUCGGAAACUCAAUAACACUGAAAGAGCAUAUCGAGGAAAAGGGCAAAGUAAAUUUAGCAUUCUCUAAAGAAGAUACAGGGAUUAACUUGGUUGUGAAUAGAGAAAGUAACUUGUCACGGUUGUGA